AUGGCUUCUCGUCUAACAACAACCCUCUCCUUCCUCACUUACCUCUCGAUUCUCUUCUCCUUCUCUUCGUCUACAACAAUUAUCCCUUCAAAUUCUGAUAAAGUCUCCCUGGCCCUAUACUAUGAAUCUCUCUGUCCAUACAGUGCUAAUUUCGUUGUGAAUUACCUUAACAAGCUCGUCAAAGAUGACGAGCUUCUCUCCAUUGUUGAUCUUUACCUUUCUCCUUGGGGUAAUGCUAAAAUCAGAGGAAACGAAACCUUUGUUUGCCAGCAUGGUCCAUAUGAAUGUUUAUUGAAUACAGUGGAAGCUUGUGCAAUUCAUGCAUGGCCUAAAUUGGAAGAUCAUUUUCCUUUUAUUUAUUGUGUUGAGAGAUUGGUUUAUGAGAGAAAGUACCCAGAAUGGGAAUCAUGCUUUGAGGAAUUGGGUUUGGAUCCAAAGACUAUUUCUGAGUGCUAUACUGGUGGAUGUGGCGAUGAGCUAGAAUUAAAAUAUGCAGCUGAAACAGAUGCCCUUCACCCUCCACAUAAAUAUGUGCCAUGGGUUGUGGUGGAUGGACAACCAAUUUAUGAGGACUAUGAAAACUUCAUAACUUACAUCUGCAAGGCCUACAAAGGGACUGCCACACCCAAAGCUUGCAGCAAACCAUCUCAGCGAAGGCCAAAAGCAAAAUCAUUCCCUCCAGUUUGCUAUAGGGAUACAAUUAUUUCAACAUUAUUGGAACCAAAUCGAAGGACUGGUAGAUCAGUUGAACCUAUAUUAGCAAGAUCACCUGCACGACAUAUGCAUCAGGUGGAGAUGCAUCAACCUGAGUGGAACGAUCCAGUGCAAGUGUCCUCCGCUUCCAGCCCAAAUGGCCAGCAAUCUGGUUUUGGACUGAAAUACGCAAGGCCUAUUAGCAAGCCCAACCUAACCAUUAAUCAGUUUUCGCUUGAUGCUCAUUCUAUGUGCAUCCUAAUUCCUAUGUUCAGGAAUUGGAAUGAUAGGGCAACCAAGCCAAUGAAAGCAAAGCGUGACGGCAAGUUCACCUUGGAUGCUAUUGACUGA